AUGUCCUUCAACAACAGCUACGGCGACCAAUUCCAGGGCCAGCCCCAGGGCGACAUGAACAACCAGACCCCGCAACCCGGCGACAUGGGUCAGCCUAUGGACACCUCCGGCAACGGCUUCCCUCCCCAGGCCAAUAUGGGCCCACCAGGCAGCGCUGGUGGUGACGGUCAAGGCCAAGGUGCUGGCAAGACGACUCUCUGGAUGGGUGAGCUUGAGCCCUGGAUCGAUGAGAACUUUGUGCGCAGCAUUUGGUACAACAUGGGCGAGACUGUCAACGUCAAGAUGAUCCGUGACAAGUUCUCCGGCAGCAAUGCUGGAUAUUGCUUCGUCGACUUCGCGAGCCCUGAUGCCGCGUCCAAGGCCCUUACUCUCAACGGUCAACUGAUCCCCAACUCCAACCGCCCCUUCAAGCUGAACUGGGCCUCUGGUGGUGGUCUUGCUGACAGGAGCCGCGAUGAGCGUGGUCCCGAGUUCAGCAUUUUCGUCGGAGACUUGGGCCCCGAGGUUACCGAGUUCGUCCUCGUACAGCUCUUCCAGAACAAGUACCAGUCCACCAAGUCUGCCAAGAUCAUGUCCGACCCCAUCAGCGGUAUGUCGCGCGGCUAUGGUUUUGUCCGAUUCGCUAGCGAGGAGGACCAGCAAAAGGCUCUCACCGAGAUGCAAGGCGUCUACUGCGGCAACCGCCCCAUGCGCAUCUCUACCGCUACCCCUAAGAACAAGAGCGGCGGUCCCGGUGGUCCCGGUGGAAUGGGCAUGCCCCAGGGCGGCGGCGGCGGCCCUGGUAUGGGCAUGUACUCCAUGGGCGCUCCCCCAAUGGGCGGCUACUACGGUGCUCCUCAGCCGAUGAACCAGUUCACUGAUCCUAACAACACUACCGUCUUUGUCGGCGGCCUCUCCGGCUACGUUACUGAGGACGAGCUCCGCUCUUUCUUCCAGGGCUUUGGCGAGAUCACAUACGUCAAGAUUCCCCCGGGCAAGGGAUGUGGCUUCGUCCAGUUCGUUCAGCGCCAUGCUGCUGAGAUGGCUAUCAACCAGAUGCAAGGCUACCCGAUUGGCAACUCUCGCGUUCGUCUUAGCUGGGGCCGCUCACAGAACAACUCGGGUCCAGCCGGCACCCCUUACCGCCCUGCACCACCUCCACCAGUCCCCUUCGGCCCAGGAAUGGGUAUGCCCCCGCAACACCCAUACGGCGGUGGUGGCGGUUACGGUCCGAUGAUGAAGUAA